UCGUUGUUCGUUUAUAUUUUUCUCAGGAUUAUCGUCAUUGUUCGUUCGUUUCCCUGUAUUGUCGUCGUUUCAAAUCUUGUAGAUCUCGAAGUCGUUCGUUCUCCGCUUCACCUCGACGGCAGGUUGUUCCUUAUCAGCCGAGAAGAAAAAAAAAAAUGUCCAUUGAAGAUAAGGACGCAGACAAAGUCGUGUUGUUGGUGGAUAAUACGGCACGAUUGGUUGCCAAGGAAGGUAGGGAAUAUGAGGAAAAGUUAAUGUCAUAUCAUCUGAAAACAGGAACACUCACAUUUUUGAGUAGCUCAGACCCUGAUCACGCAUAUUACCAGAAAAUGCUAUCUGAAUACCGUCGCCAACCAGCGGAACCGUUUGCUUUGGCUCGGGAACCUCUCAAUUUGAAAUCCCUUCCUGAAGGGAUCACGCGCAAGGAGCUUCGUUGUAUUAAGCUCACAACGCUGUUUUUUGCGCGGUAUGGUGGGUUUUUCUCUUGGGAGUUGAUAAACAGAGUUGGUAUGGAAGGUGAGUUUGGCUUUCUCAAGCCAACUGAUAACCGGUACAAAUAUUACACAGAGUUUUAUGCUGCGUAUAUAGCCCUAAUUAAGUGGUCGGAAAAGCCUGAUGCAACACCAAAAGUUCUUGUGGAUGGUUUCUUCCAUCUUCUUCAAGAAGCUGAGGAGGAGGAGGAAGAGGGAAUGGAGAAGAUGUUUGAUUUAGGUGUCCUUGAGUAUCUUGCUAAUAUUGGCGACAAAGAUCGUCUACCAGCUGGACAUCUUUUUGCGAACCGACCAACUGUGCCGGCUUCGCUGCUUGAAUUUCCUUCAGUGCGGAGGAGGAUGCAACCAACUACUCCUCAGGAACCAGUACCAAAGAUGUCUUUGUGAGAGAACUUGGUGGGAGAAAGAUUGAUAAGAGAAGCCUUGUGGAUGCACGGCAAUGAACUGAUUUUUAUUUUUUUAAUCUCUUUUUUACUCUUGUUCAAUAAAAUCUCUUUUUUACUCUUGUUUCAAUAAAUGGUGUCGAAGAACCCAUCUAUCUACACUACUUGAUACUCAUGUUUUGAGUUGAGUAAUAUUCAUGUUUUAAAUAAAAUUUAUUUCCUCUA